AUGAAUAACUCUACAGUGAACUUCACCACUUCUGAAGCAUCUACAAACUCCACAACUCAUUUCAUUAACCUUGUGAAUAUUACAAGCCUUUGUGCGUACAGCAUUGCUUUCCUGUUUGGUGUACCUUCACACUCCUACAUUAUAUGGCUCAUUGUCACAGGAACAGGAAGUGGAGUUGCAAUAGAGUACUUCAUCCUCAAUCUGUCUAUUUGUGAGAUUGGAAAUUCUGUAAAUGGUUUGCUCUUCAUGUUGUCAAACUGGUUUUCAAGUCUCUUUACAUUUAAUCUUUUUUUACUGGGACUUAUCAUCGCUGGUCGUCCUCUGUUUCAGUGUCUAAUCUGUGUUGAGCGUUACCUGGCAGUGGUUCAUCCUGUAACCUUUCUGAAGUACAAACCUCUCAGAUAUAGAGUGAUCUGCUGCACUGUGUUCUGGAUAAUCACCCUUGGUUUCUGUCUGUUGUGCAUGCUUGCUUUAAGUUCUGGUAAUCAUAUUAGAUAUGGAUGGCUUUUCUCAUUGCAGUUCCUUAUCUUUGUCUCCAUCCAGUUGUUUUAUCUUGUGGCUGUUCUCAAAGCUCUGAAGCAGUCAGGACCAGGAAAGAGAGGAAAAAAAAGAGAGGAGGAAAACCACAUGAAGAGAAGAGCAUUUUAUCUCAUUCUAAUAACUACACUAAGCAUGGUUUUCACAUAUGUACCAUAUUUAAUCAUAGCAUUUUUUACCAUGCUGACACAACAAAGUGUUGAUGUGCUCUGGUGCAUUGGUUUGGUUUGUUAUGUACUGGGUGGUUUUGUGCAGCCUGUUCUUUAUUUGCACCGGGUUGGAAAACACCCCCUUUCCUCUAAUUAA